AUGAAGUAGGUUUGUCCCGCCUAUUUUUUCACCUCAUUAUUAAUAUUUCUAUAUACUUUUUGGAAAGUUCUCAUAUUUCUAACAAAAAAUGGCGGAUUACUUGGAUGCCGAAGCGGAGGAAAGCGAGGAGGAAGAAGAAUUGAAUGUUAACGAAAGGAAAAAACUUAAAAGAUUAAAAGCUAUGCACGACAGUGACGAUGAAGAUGAUGAUGACGAGGAUGAAGGAGAAGUCCCAGGGCUUAUCGACGAUAAUCCAAUUGAUGAGGAUAAUGAUGGAGAUGAUAGUGAUGGAUCAGAUAAUUCUGGGAAACGUAAAAAAAGUGACGAUGAAGAUUUUGAUGAUCGAUUAGAAGAUGAAGAUUAUGAUCUACUUGAAGAAAAUUUGGGAGUGAAAGUUGAGAGGAAACACCGUUUUAAACGUUUACGUAGAAUACAAGAUGAAGAAUCAGAAGGAGAAGAAGAAAGGGAGGCAGAUGAUGAGAGAGAUGCUAUUGCUAAUGAAUUAUUUCAAGGCUCUGGAGAGGAAGAUGAGGAGAGAAGUGAAGUUAGCCACAGAGGUGAAGUUGAAGCAUUUGAUGAAGAUGAAAGUGACGAUGAAGAUGAUUUCAUUGUGGAUGGAGAUGGGGUACCCAUAACUGAAAAGAGAAAAAAGAAAAAACAUAUUUUUUCGGACGCUGCUUUGCAAGAAGCUCAAGAUAUUUUUGGUAUUGAUUUUGAUUAUGAUGAAUUUGGAAAGUAUGAAGAAAACGAGUUUGAAGAAGAAGAAGAGGAAGAGGAAGAUGAAUAUAUUCAUGAUGACUUAGAAGACCGACCAAGACGAUCGAAAAAGCAUUUGAAGAAAAAGAGCACGAAGAAGAGCAUUUUCGAAAUAUAUGAACCUAGCGAACUUAUACGCGGGCAUUUUACCGACAUAGAUAAUGAGAUUCGUACAACAGACAUUCCUGAACGCAUGCAACUUCGUACCGUUCCUAUUACGCCGACAGCAGAAGGGUCAGAUGAAUUAGAUUUUGAGGCAGAAUGGAUAUAUAAACAGGCUUUCUGUCAGCCGACAAUUUCUGUCCAAGAUGCUCAUCUAAAUGAAGAAGCCAAAGAAAGAGCUAAAAAGGGUCCGCAAACAGUCGGGAAAAUUAAAAAAGCUUUAGAUUUCAUGCGUAAUCAAAACUUUGAAGUUCCCUUCAUUUCAUUUUAUAGAAAAGAAUACGUCCUACCAGAAUUAAAUAUCAAUGAUUUAUGGAAAAUUUAUAAGUUUGAUGCAAAGUGGUGUCAACUUAAGCAAAGAAAAGAAAAUCUGAUGAAAUUAUUUGUAAGAAUGAGAGAUUAUCAAUUAGAUGAGAUCAUGAAAAAUCCUGAUGCUCCAUUAUCUGAUAAUGUACGAGUUAUUAAAGACGAAGAUAUUGAAAGACUUAAAAGUGCUCAGACUUUCGAAGAACUAAAUGAUAUUUAUCGACAUUUCAUGCUCUAUUAUAAUCAGGAUGUGUCUGCUAUGCAAGAAUGUAUGCGUAAAAAAGAAAAAGAAGCACGACAGAAAGCUAAAGAAGAGAAAAGAAAACAACAAAUCGCAGAAGCCGAAGAAAACGGAGAAGAUCCUCCGGAAGAAAUUGCUGACGAAGAAGAUGAAGAAGAACAAAUAGACGAAACAUUGAAGCAACCAGUUAGAAAAGGUCCUUAUUAUAUUUGUAAAAAAGCUGGCUUAGAUGGGCUAGCUAAAAAAUUUGGUCUCUCUCCGGAACACUUUGCCGAAAAUCUUCGAGAUAAUUAUCAACGUCAUGAAGUUGAUCAGGAUCCAACGGAACCUACUGUAAUAGCUAAUGAAUUUACCUCGACUAUUUUUAACACGAGUGAUGAAGUGCUUGAAGCUACACAAUUAAUGGUCGCAAUCCAAUUAGCGCAUGAACCAUUAGUGCGUAAAUGCGUUAGAGAAAUGUACAUGGAAAGAGCAAAGUUAUGUGUGAAACCAACUAAAAAGGGAAUGAAAGAAAUAGAUGAAAGUCAUGCGAUCUAUGCGUGGAAAUAUCUUAAAGACAAGCCUGUGCGGGAUCUUGUCGGUGACCAAUUUUUAAAAUUAAUUAUAGCAGACGAAGAUAAACUAGUUGCACUUUCCUUUAGCGAUAUGAUAGAAGGGAAUACUAGUAAUAAUUAUCUGGAUGAAAUAAAGCAAUUGUAUUAUAGGGACGAAUUUAGUAAAAGUGUACAGGAUUGGAAUGCAUUAAGAACUGGCAGUGUUGAAAUAGCUUUAAAUCGCAUUAUCAUACCGCAACUGAAAAAGGAACUGCGAAACAAUCUUGUAGCGGAGGCAAAAGAAUGCGUGAUGAAAGCUUGCUGCCGCAAAAUGUAUAACUGGAUAAAAAUUGCUCCGUAUACUUGCGAAUUCCCCGACGAAGAUGAUGAAGAUUGGAAUACUGGUAAAGGAAUUCGUGUGAUGGGUUUGGCUUAUGUACCUGAUCCAUCUCAAGCUGCGUUUACUUGCAUAAUCUCCCCAGAAGGAGAAUGCACGGAUUAUCUGAGAUUACCGCAUUUAUUGAAACGCAAAAACAGCUUUAGAGAAAAUGAAAAGAUGAUGAAGGAGGCCGAUUUGCUGGCGCUUAAAAAUUUUAUCGCUACAAAGAAACCACAUAUUAUAGUGGUAAGUGGAGAAUCUAGGGAAGCAUUAAUGAUAGUAUCAGAUCUGAAGGAAUGUAUUUCCAAUUUGACAGAGGACGAACAAUUUCCUACGGUCCAAGUAGAAAUAUGUGAUAACGAACUUGCUAAAGUCUAUUCUAACAGCAACAAAGGUAUAGCAGAAUUUAGGGAUUAUCCAGACUUGCUGAGGCAAGCUAUUUCUUUAGCGAGAAGAUUACAAGAUCCUUUGUUGGAAUUCUCUCAAUUGUGUACCAUAGAUGAAGAAAUAAUGUGCCUUAAAUAUCAUCCUUUGCAAGAUCAGCUUCCUAAAGAGGAUCUUAUAGAGAAUUUAUAUUUAGAAUUUAUAAAUCGUAUAAAUGAGGUGGGUGUAGAUUUGAACAGAGCAGUUCAACAGCCUUAUACAGCAAACUUAGUACAAUUUGUGUGCGGUCUGGGUCCUAGGAAAAGUCAAGCACUGCUUAAAAUUCUAAAGCAAACUAACCAGAGAUUAGAGAAUAGAACGCAGCUUAUAACUGCGUGUCACAUGGGACCUAAAGUAUUCGUCAAUUGUGCUGGUUUUGUUAAGAUAGAUACCAAUAGUUUAGGAGACAGCACAGAGGCAUACGUGGAAGUGUUGGAUGGUUCGCGUGUCCACCCAGAAACCUAUGAAUGGGCUAGAAAAAUGGCGGUGGACGCUUUAGAAUAUGAUGACGAGGACGCGAAUCCUGCUGGUGCUUUAGAAGAGAUUCUAGAUUCUCCAGAAAGAUUGAAAGAUUUAGAUCUAGAUGCAUUCGCGGAGGAACUUGAAAGACAAGGCUUUGGCAACAAAUGUAUUACUCUUUAUGAUAUAAGAGCUGAACUGAACUCUAGAUACAAAGAUCUGCGUGUUCCCUAUCAAUCUCUAAAUACCGAAAAGUUAUUCGAUGUUUUGACAAAAGAAACUCCAGAAAGUUUCUAUGUUGGUAAAUUAGUUCUCGCAACGGUUGUUGGAAUAAGUCAUAGAAAACCGCAAGGAGAUCAAUUAGACCAAGCAAAUCCUGUUCGAAACGACGAGACCGGACUAUGGCAAUGUCCAUUUUGUUUGAAAAACGAUUUUCCAGAAUUAUCAGAAGUAUGGAAUCAUUUUGAUGCUGGCGCUUGUCCGGGAAAAGCGACUGGAGUUCGUUUAAGAUUGGACAAUGGAAUAUCCGGCUAUAUUCACGUAAAAAAUUUGUCGGAUAAACAUGUCGCUAAUCCAGAAGAAAGAGUACGAGUCGGUCAAGUAAUUCAUUGUCGCAUAAUAAAGAUCGAAGUGGAACGAUUUAGCGUUGAAUGUACUAGCAAGACGAGUGACCUUCUUGACAAGAAUCACGAAUGGCGGCCACAAAAGGAUGUUUAUUACGAUGCAGAGGCAGAAGAAAAAGAUAUGAAAACAGAAGAGGAGGCGAAGAAAGCACAGCAAAGGCAAACUUAUGUGAAACGUGUUAUAAUUCACCCUAGCUUCCAUAACGUAAGUUUUGCAGAAGUUGAGAAGUUGAUGCAAACCAUGAAACAAGGAGAAGCGAUAAUACGACCAAGCAGCAAAGGAGCCGAUCAUUUGACCGUAACAUGGAAAGUUACAGAAAAUAUUUAUCAACAUAUUGAUAUAAGAGAAGAAGGCAAAGAGAAUACAUUCUCUUUGGGUCGCAGUUUAUGGAUUGGUAAUGAAGAAUUUGAAGACUUGGAUGAAAUUAUCGCAAGACACAUUAAUCCAAUGUCUGCAUAUGUUUCGGAACUUUUGGAUUUUAAGUAUUACAAAUCAACAAUAGAAGGUAUUAAAGAUAAAGCGGAAGAAAUUUUGAAAGAACAGAAAAAACAAAAUCCUGGUGGAAUUCCAUACAUUGUAUCCGCUGCUAAGAACUAUCCUGGUAAAUUUUUACUGUCGUAUUUACCACGGGUCCGUUGUCGUCAUGAGUAUGUUACCGUAACACCUGACGGGUACCGAUUUAGAAACCAAAUAUUCAGUAGAGUAAACGACUUAUUCCGCUGGUUCAAGGAACACUUCCGGGAUCCUAUACCGGGUCAAAGUACACCUGGUACUCCACAUGGAGCUAUGACUUCCAGAACACCUUACAAUGGUACUCCAGUAGUAAAUGGCGUGAACUCAGACGCGAUACAAAGAGUUGCGCAGAAUAUGCCACACCACAUGCUACAUUCUCUCUCGAAAGUAGCGAAUCAAACUCCACAUUAUCCACCAUAUACCCCCGGAACUGCUAGUGUUAAUAAUUACGGAAUGUAUGGAAGUACACCAUAUACUCCUUCCGGUCAAACUCCAUUUAUGACCCCAUAUCCUACUCCACACCAUACACCUCACCAUCCACAAACACCCAGCCACUCUCAAGGACCAUUCUUACAACCAAUUCCUCCUGCAAUGAAUCCAAAUUCGCAUAGAACUGCGAGACCACACAGAUCUGUUACUAAUUCGUCUGAUACGACGAAUUGGACAAAAGCAGCGGAAGCAUGGGCUCGUUCGAAGCAGUCUACUUCGAAUUGUUUAAAUUUUAGCAACAGUACUCCAAGAUACGAUGAGUCUAGGAAAACGCCACGGAACUUAGAUAACCAAAAUGAAAGGGUAACACCACGCAACAGAACGCCGUCUGCUCGUACUCCGUCUUACAAAUCUCCCAGAGGAACUCCAUUCACGAAUUCUAGUCCACGGAGUAUGUCUCUCAGUGGAGAUGGUACUCCCUUGUAUGAUGAAAGUUGAGGCAAUAAUAUAUUCUACGCAUAGC